UCAUUAGACUUGGGGAAACAAACAUUCAUAGUCAUACGGUGUUGUGAUCCCUCGAUCUUUACAACGGCAGAAAAUACCAAUAUAAAAAUAAAGAAAUAAACUCGAAUAAUUGUGUAUAUUUUUACUGGUUUUUUGUUAUGGUGUGGUGUUUUUUUUAUAAUUUUUAUAUAUUUCUGUUAUGUUUUGCUUUUUAAACCUUAAUUCAUCUCAGACUACUCUUUGAUCAAGACACAACUAGUUGAGUUUUAUUAUUUUGAUGGGAUUUAAUAAUAAAUUAUUUGAAAAUAAAGUUUUUUUUCCCCCAAAAAAUAUUCAAAAACACACAAAAACACAAAUAAAUGGAAAUAGAAAUAAAAUAAUUAAAUAUUUUAAAACUAAUUUAAACAAAAAUUAAGAGCAGCAGUGAAAAAAAAACAAACUUAAAGCAACAGUGGAAAAAAGUCUAAGGUUACCCCACGUAAAUGAACUGAAUUGGAACACACUCGCGAAACAAAGAGAUCAUACAGAUCAACAACUGCUCCCAGUGGGAAACAUACAUAUACAUACACACUUACGUUAGCGUUAAUUUAUUUAGCAACAUUCCUAUCUGCUAGACAGACAAAUAAAUAGUUUUUCAAGCGUAACAACAAUAGACCGGCCACCUUUAUAACAGACCCCUACUCGAAGAACAAACUAGUCAGCAUUCCAGAAGAAAAGUGUCUUGAAGGGACCAACUUAUUAGCAAACAUUACAUUCUCAAGUUAUUCUCCAACAACAGGCACGUAUGCCUUCACCACCGUCUACUCCCUCACGUUCUAUACGCACAACACCCGCCUUUCCACCAGCUCCCAAACUAGCUAGAGCUAAAUUAAAAUCGGCCUCAUUAGAUCAUGAAAUAUUUCUUACAUCGAAUCGUAAGCUGCGACCUUUACAAGCAAGUUCCUCAUUAGAAUGGCAUCAAAAUCAACAUCCACUGCUACAGCAUCAAAACUCUAUAGCUCAUACUAUACCACGCACUGGAUCCACCUCAUCUUUAGCCAGUAGUAUACAAUUUCCCUCCUCAUUAGCGGCAGCAAAUAAUUAUCAAGAUUUUAAACUCGAUAUCAUUAAUCAGGGAAAGUGCCUUUGUGGUCAAUAUAUAAGGGCCCGUCUAAGAAGGGGUGUUUUAAAUCGUAAAGCCAUACAAAGGUUACUGCAAUUGGAACCCUCGUCCGAAGUAGUGUACGAAGUAUUUCCAGCACUUAACAGUAUGGGCGAAGAACUGGAACGAAUGCAUCCACGUGUCUAUACAAAUGUUUCGCGACAAUUAUCGCGAGCACCCUAUGGCGAACUGGUAGAUAGUGAUACAGCACCUAUGCUCUUGAAUCUCGUAGCCAAAGAGUUAUUCUCACGGAAUCACGAUAAAGAGCGUAUAACCUGGGCAAAAAUAAUUUCAGUAUUUGCUGUUUGCGGUGGUUUCGCCAUUGACUGUGUGCGUCAGGGUCACUAUGAUUAUUUGCAAUUUUUAAUUGAUGGUGUAGGUGAUAUUAUAGAAGAUGAUUUGGUUCAGUGGCUGGCAGAGCGUGGUGGUUGGUUGGGUUUGCAACAGCACAUCCGACCUAAAGGGUCACAACACUUUAGUUUUUUAGAUUGGUUAACGUUAUUUGUGGCGAUAUCCGCUAGUCUUUAUGUUAUAGCGAAUUUUAUUAAACAUCUCGGUUGUCACUGUUAUUCGUUGUUGUUUUGAGAAAAAGUUUUUGGUUUGAAAGAUAAAUUCUUUUAAAGAUAACUAAACGAACGAAAAAAAUAUUGAAAUUAUGCAAAUUUGUUAAAAAAUUUUAGUUAAUCCUUAAAUUAUUAUGUUUUUAUUAAUAUUAAAAUUUGUUAAAAUUGUAUGUUGGUUUUGUUUCUUUUAUAAAAUUGUUAAAAAAAUCUCAUUUUAUUGAUCACUUAUUUUUGUUUAUUAUGUUUUGUUAGCCACUGCAUAAUACCAAAAAUAAAGUUUUUAAUUACACGA